AUGAGCGGCCAACCGAAAACCAAUGUCAAGGUGGUCUUUGGCGCCAUGACAAUUGGCAAGCCUGGUAUCGAGAUGACUCGUGUGCAUACACUCGAAGAUACCAUCGCCAUUAUCGACGUCUUUCAGAAGCAUGGCCACAACGAGAUUGACACCGCCCGUGUCUACGGCGAAGGCUCGUCCGAGGAAUAUCUCGGGGAUCUCCAGUGGCAGAAACGAGGGCUGGUAAUGGACACAAAGUUCUAUCCUUCGGCCCGAGGUAUGGUCAUGGGUAAUGAAAGGGCAUGGACCCACUCGCCAGAGGACGUACGCGAAGGUCUCAUGACUAGCCUUAAGGCGCUGAAGACAGACAAGCUGUAUUUGUGGUAUCUUCAUGGCCCGGACCGGAAGACACCCUUCGAAGACACGUUACGUGAGGUCGACAAGCUCCACAAGGAGGGAUACUUCGAGCGUUUCGGCAUCAGCAACUACAUGUCGUGGGAAGUGGCUAAGAUCUGCGAGAUAUGCGACAAGAAUGGGUGGGUCAAGCCGACCGUAUACGAAGGUCUCUACAAUGCGCUGCAUCGUGCAGUCGAACCUGAGCUCGUUCCUUGUCUACGCCACUAUGGUCUCUCGUUGUAUUGCUUUAACCCGCUCGCUGGCGGCUUUCUUACGGACCGCUACCACCGCGAUACCGCGGAGGUCGGUGAGGGCGCUCGAUUCGAUCCCAAUAGGAUGCAGGGCAAGCUCCACCGGGGGCGCUACUGGAAUGAUCUAUAUUUCGACGCAUUGGAUAUCAUUCGCCCGGCUGCGAAGAAGCAUGGGAUCACUGAGGCGGAGGUUGCAUUGAGAUGGCUGGCACAUCAUUCACAGCUAAAGAAGGAACUUGGCGACGCUGUUAUCGUCGGGGCGAGCAGCACGAAGCAUCUAGAGCCGAACUUGGUUGCUCUUGAGCAGGGUCCGCUGCCAGAGGAUGUUGUAGAGGCUCUGGAUGCUGGCUGGGAACGGAUCCGCGGCCAUCCACUCAAAUUCUGGCAUUGA